GUGCCUGCUGGAAGCUUAUGCUGAUGUGACUGUGAUGUUGCGGUUGAGCCUUUCCAGUGACUCAGUGGUUUGCAGCUUCAAAAUCCUGGAUGAGCUUGGCAACUCUGUCCUGAACACUAGUGGUGUAGGACAUAUAAUCAUUCCUGUGCUCAAACUAAAAGGUAAAGAAAGGUCGAGAAGAAGUGAAGUGCUGGAGGAAAGAACCAGCAGCACCAGACCUUGUGUAUACACUCUGGAAGUGAGACUGCUUCACAACUCUUGGCCCCUCAGUCUGGACCAGAGGAAAGCUAUGUUGUACUACAAGGAGCAUCUCCCUGACAUAAUACUGAAUUCUCAGGAUGGUAGUAUUGAAGAAGAAGAUUCACUUAUUGAAAGUGAAAGUCUUGUUGAUGAGUUAGAUUUAGAAUUCUUCAGAGAAGUCAAUAAACCAUCAUGGAGUUUAACUCUAGUCGCUGAUGAACAAAAGGUGAUGCCAGUGAGGCUUCGAGAGGAUAUGGCUCUCUUUGACCAGCUUCGUGAGCUCCAGUCCAAGUGGAUAGAGGAAGGCAAAGAUGCUGAACUGUGCCAACAACUUAGACAGGACUUUCUCACUCAGAUUGCAGGUGCUGAAGAAGACAUGUCAGAGGAAGCUAUGUUCCACCUGAAACCUAAUAAGACAGAAGAGCUAACACAGCUACUAGGACGAUGCUCUAGCAUCCGCUCACUCGCCAGAAGUGUUCCCAGCGAUUUGAGACACUUCCAUGACUUCCUCAAGUUCUCAAGACAGUCAGAGGAUAAAAUGAGCAGGAUUUCUUUGUCCAGUCAAAUCUCCAUCUCCUUACAUCCUUUAACUCCUAAACCCUCUCGGCCUCUAGAGUCAUCAUCAAUGGUAUCAGGAGAGCAGAACUUGGAAGAUUCCAUCAAGGAGGAAUCACUGAAGAUAGACCACAGAGACAUGUUGGUACAGCAAGCUGGGAUAAAUAAGGCUCUGGCUGACUUAAGAGCAAAGAAUUUGGAACGUUUACAAGACGUUUUCGAGCAAACGGCUCUUCUGAGAAACACAACUGAUCAGCGAGAUUAA